UUCAUUGCCGUCAACUUCUCAGGUUUUUGACAAGUUCCUCCUUAAGAGGAUGCGAAAUUGAUCAUUGUUGCUACUUAUUGUGCAUGUUACAUUUUUGAUCGAGUUGGGUCAAACACCCCCGUUGGGGGCUGCUGAGGAUGUUGCACUCGCAUUACGAGAAUAGAUUACGGAAGGCUGUGCGUAACGACGAUGAACCGUUCACUACGCCGCCGUCGAAAAGACGACUGCUCCAUUCACCGCUGAAAACGCCUCCCUCUUUGCCCUUGUCGCCGCGCUCCCCGAGUUCAGGACAUGGAGAUCGUCUCAUUCCUUCUCGUCUUGGAGAGAAGUGGAAUGAAAACUUCCGUUUGCUCCAAGAAGAUGUGGGGUCACCGAACGAAAUCAAACGUGCGCGAGACGCGGCCGCGGAAGGGAAUAAAGACACCUUGAUGUACCGUUGCCUCUUGAGAAGCGAAAUUUUGGAUAUGAAUGUUUCGGAAUCUCGGCUUUCUAAUGUACCCGUGCUUAUACCGGAUGACAGGAAGCCACUUGGAGCUUUGGAUGCCGUCCGCAUUUUCAACACGGCGCGGAAAAUAUCCAAGAUGCCUUUCAAGGUUUUGGAUGCACCGGAGCUUCAAGACGAUUUUUACCUGAAUCUUGUCGACUGGUCAUCUCAAAACGUUCUCGCGGUUGGACUUGGCGCCUCUGUGUGGCUUUGGUUUGCUUGCACCUCUCAAGUUACCCGUCUUUGCGAUCUUAGCGUCGAGUCAGAUUCCGUGACGUCAGUUGCCUGGACUGAACGAGGCAACUUGGUAGCUGUCGGAACGCACCAUGGCCUAGUUCAAAUUUGGGAUGUCCAGGCCAAUAAGCGGAUCAAUACGAUUCACGGUCACACAGCCAGAGUCGGUGCCUUGGCGUGGAACGGGGAUUCGCAGAUUUGCUCCGGAAGCAGAGACCGGUUUAUUCAGCAGAAGGACAUCCGGACCCCGCCGGUUGUUCCCGAACGACGACUCCAAGGGCACAGACAAGAAGUUUGUGGUUUGAAGUGGAGUCCCGAUAAUCAACACCUUGCGUCCGGCGGAAACGACAAUAAGUUGCACGUGUGGAAUUUGCAUUCGAAUCAGCCUGUACAAACGUACGGCGAUCACAUUGCGGCAGUCAAGGCGAUCGCUUGGUCUCCGCAUCAUCACGGACUGCUGGCUUCAGGCGGCGGAACUGCUGAUCGUUGCAUCCGGUUUUGGAACACGUUGACUGGACAAGCCAUGCAGAGUGUUGACACAGGAUCUCAGGUGUGUAAUCUGGCUUGGUCGAAGCAUUCUUCGGAGCUCGUGAGCACUCACGGCUACUCCCAGAAUCAAAUCCUGUUGUGGAAAUACCCUACGUUGGUACAAGUCGCCAAAUUAACGGGUCACACGUAUCGCGUUUUAUAUCUCGCGAUGUCGCCGUGUGGAGAGUCUAUUGUGACCGGAGCUGGGGACGAAACGCUUCGCUUUUGGAAUGUUUUCUCAAAAGCUCGUUCACCUAAGCAAAUUCGGUCCGUCUUGGACCCAUACGCAUUCCUGAGGUGAAUCCGUGUGGUUGACAACGUUGUAUAUCGAAUAUUUGUAUCCUUGCCGUGGUGCUCGUCUUGUGAUUUAUUUACGCUGCGUCGAGAAAUUUUUUUCUCUCAUUUCGAUGUUCUUAUCACGCUCCUUCCACCUCUUCCGCUCUUGAUUUAUAAACAUUUGAACUUGUUUAAUCUUGAUUAUUCAUGUUGUAUGAAAAUCAAUUUGUUCGAAAUUUUGCGCAGCUCUGAUCACUAUUUGAAGAUCCUCUUCGUGAACCUGUUUUGUUGAGUUUUGUUUGAAUUUCGAAAUCUUAUGCAAUGACGCAAAGCUUCAGUUUCUUGAAGGCUUACUGCAAUUGAGUAAUGUAUUGUGUUGUUCACUUCUUCAUUUACGGGCGUCAUUUUUCCUGUUCCUCUUUGGGUUUCUCAUAUUCAGUAUUGUCAUCAGGAAAAGGUGUUUUUGCCUUUUUAUAGCGGGAGCGUGAAAAUUAAGACUCAAAUGUUAUUCUCACUUCUUUUGGUGUACAUGAAUGGGCGUUUUGAGGUCUUCGAUGUUGAAUUUUUAUGUUGCGAGUUUUGGAAGUCGUGGAAGUGAUUUGGUGAAACCUGUCGUAACUAUGCGGAAGAUUUGUUCGGAAGUUGGACAAAAUGUGGGUUUGUUGAACCCAGUUUUGAUGCUGAACUGGUUUCGUUGACACUUAAAACAUAUUUUUAUUCGUGGAAAAUUCGGAGAGGGCGAAAAUCAACUUCGCUCGCAUAUAAUGCUUUCAGUAUAUCAGCGUUGCAUGUAGGUGGUUUAUUGAGUAUAAAGGAUAUGAAAACCUCAAA